CGUCUCACUGGGAUGAGUAGCUCGGUGAAAAUGGCGGACUGUAUACGUGUUCCUCUGAUUUUGCUGGUUAUGUCCCUCUUUUCAUAUGCCCACCAACUUCGACUAGACAACGCCGACCUCGGUGGCAGAGCGGGUGCAAACGCCGAUAAACCAGCAAACUCCGCCGCGGGUCUGGGAGCCGGGCUGAACCCAGGAGCCGCUGAGAGGAACCCGGCUGCAGGGGCCUUGGUUACACGGAGACGUUCUACCGGGUGGAAGCUGUCUGAUGAGGCGGUGUGUAGGGAUGACCUGACCCGGCGCUGCCCCAAACAUUCAUGGAACAACAACCUGGCGGUGCUGGAGUGUCUCCAGGACAAAAAGGAGGAAACUGAAAUUGCUGCUGACUGCAGUCAUCUCCUGUGGAACUAUAAGUUGAACCUCACCACUGAUCCGAAGUUUGAGUCUGUAGCUGUGGAGGUCUGCAAAACGACAAUCUCUGAGAUUAAAGAAUGUGCAGCAGAGGAGUUGGGAAAGGGCUUCUUGGUCUCCUGCCUGGUGGACAACCGUGGCAACAUCACCGACUACCAGUGCAACCAGUACAUCACCAAGAUGGCCAGCAUCAUUUACAGCGAUUAUCGACUUAUCUGCGGCUUCUUAGACAAUUGUCGGGAUGACAUCAACACUCUGCGCUGUGGUAGCAUUAGCACUGGAGAGAAGGAUAUUCAUUCACAGGGGGAAGUGAUCGCCUGUCUGGAGAAAGGUUUAGUUCGUGAGGCUGAGGAGCAACCAGGUGCACAUCACAUCAAGGACGACUGUAAGAAGGCUAUCAUGAGAGUUGCCGAACUCUCCUCUGAUGAUUUCCACCUGGACCGCUACCUGUACUUAGCUUGCAGAGAUGACCGUGAGCGGUUCUGUGAAAAUACACCAGCCGGGGAGGGUAGAGUUUAUAAAUGUCUUUUCAAUCACAAGUUUGAAGAAGCCAUGUCUGAGAGGUGCCGUGAGGCUUUGACCACCAGACAGAAGUUGAUUGCCCAGGACUAUAAGGUGAGCUACUCACUGGCCAAAGCUUGCAAGUCAGACCUAAGAAAGUACCGCUGCAACAUGGACACAAACAUGCCUCGAGCCAGAGAAACCCGUCUCUCCUACCUCCUGCUGUGCCUUGAGGCAGCUCUACAUCGAGGUCGAGUAGUGAGCGGUGAGUGUCAGGGAGAAAUGAUGGACUACAGAAGGAUGCUGAUGGAAGAUUUCUCCCUGAGUCCUGAGAUCGUGCUUCACUGUCGCAGUGAGAUUGAGAAUCAUUGCUCUGGUUUGCAUCGGAAAGGUCGGACGCUUCAUUGCCUAAUGAGGGUUGGCCGAGAAGACAUGGGAACUAUUGAGCCCACCUGCCAGAGAGCUCUUCAGGCACUGAUCCAGGAAGCAGACCCAGGAGCUGAUUAUCGUAUCGACAGGGCGCUUAAUGAGGCCUGUGAAUCCGUCAUCCAGACAGCCUGCAAACAUAUCCGCAGUGGAGACCCCAUGAUAUUAUCUUGUCUGAUGGAGCAUCUGUACACCGAGAAGAUGGUGCAGGACUGUGAGCACAAGCUGCUGGAGCUGCAGUACUUCAUUGCCAGAGAUUGGAAGCUUGAUCCAAUUUUGUAUAAGAAAUGUCAAGGCGAUGCAGCUCGACUCUGCCACACUCACGGCUGGAAUGAGACCACUGAGACGAUGCCAGCUGGUGCCAUCUUCUCCUGCCUGUAUCGCCAUGCUUAUCGCUCGGUGGAGCAGGGACGGAGGCUCUCCAGAGACUGUAAGGUGGAGGUGCAGCGGAUUCUCCACCAGAGGGCGCUAGAUGUAAAGCUAGAUCCCGAGCUGCAGAGGCGCUGCAUGUCCGACCUGGGGAAGUGGUGUAGUGAGAAGACGGAGUUGGCCGGCCAGGAAUUGGAGUGUCUGCAGGAUCAUUUGGAGGACUUGGUGUCUGAUUGCAGGGAAGUGGUGGCAAACCUGACGGAGCUAGAAUCAGAGGAUAUUCAGAUUGAAGCCCUAUUAAUACGAGCCUGUGAACCUGUAAUUCAAGCGUACUGCCAUGAGGUGGCUGACAAUCAGAUCGACUCUGGUGACCUAAUGGAGUGUUUGGUUCAGAACAAACAUCAGAAAGAGAUGAAUGAUAAGUGUGCAGUGGGAGUCACACACUUUCAGCUGAUUCAGAUCAAAGAUUUCCGUUUCUCAUACAAGUUUAAGACUGCCUGCAAAGAGGAUGUCCUCAAGCUUUGCCCCAACAUUAAGAAGAAGGUGGAUGUUGUUAUCUGCCUCAGCACCACAGUGAGAAACGACACCCUACAGGAUGGCAAGGAGCAGCGAGUUUCUGUCAAAUGUCGUAAACAGCUUCGAGUGGAGGAAGUGGAGAUGGUAUUUUCACUGAUGCACUAUGUGGUUGAGUGUCUGAAAGAGAACAAACGGCAGCUGUAUCCACGCUGUCACCAAAGGAUCUUCAAGCUUCAGGAGGUGGAGAUGGUUGAUCCUGAACUGGACUACCAGCUGAUGAAAGUCUGCAAGCACAUGAUCCGGCGUUUCUGUACAGAAUCAGAGGGGAGGAAUGUUCUUCAGUGCCUGAAGCAGAACAAGAACAGUGAACUGAUGGAUCCGAAGUGCAAACAGUUGAUCACCAAGAGACAGAUUACCCAGAACACAGACUUCAGAUUGAACCCGGUGCUAAAGAAGGCGUGCAAGGCUGAUAUCCCAAAAUUCUGCCAGUCCAUCAUCAACAAGGCCACAGCCGACACGGAGCUAGAGGGUCAGGUCAUUUCCUGCCUGAAACUCAAAUAUGCAGACCAGCGUUUGUCUCCUGACUGUGAAGAUCAAAUUCGAGUAAUCUUGCAAGAGUCUGCUCUGGACUACAGACUGGAUCCUCAGCUCCAGAUCCACUGCACACAGGAGAUUUCAAGUCUGUGUCCAGAGGAGGCUGCAGCUCAGGAGCAAACUGGGCAGGUGGAGGAGUGCCUUAAACUCAAUCUUUUGAGGAUUAAGCAGGAAGCAUGUAAGAAGGAGGUACUGAACAUGCUGAAGGAGAGCAAGGCGGACAUCUUUGUUGAUCCCGUGCUUCACACAGCCUGCGCUCUGGAUAUCAAACACCACUGUGCUGCCAUCCCACCUGGCAGGGGACGACAGAUGUCAUGUCUGAUUGAGACGCUGCAAGACAAACGUGUUCGUCUGCAGCCAGAGUGCAAGAAGAGACUCCAGGAUCGCAUUGAGAUGUGGAGCUUUGCUGCCAAGAUGCCUCCUGCUGAGGGCCUGUCAGACCUGGCCAAGCAAGUGUUGUCCUCACCAUCCAAGAACUAUAUCCUGACUGUGAUGGCUGCAGGUGUGACCCUGCUUUUCCUAAUCGGGAUGGUUUCUGGCCGAUUCACUAAACGAGUCACUCAGGAGCUGAAGAAGAGGUAGACCCCGCCUGGUGAUCAGGAAGUGUCCACAGGAGAACUGGCCGCCUCUGAGGAGUUCCUGAUGCUCUCACUGAACUCCCAUUUUCCCCAUAGAAGAGACACUGAACGCCUGCAACAUCCAACCUGAUUUGUCUUCAUCGUUUUUUUGUUUCUGCUUUUUGCUCUUAACUGCUGCUGGGAAAUGACAUUACGCUCUAACCCUCACAGAAACGUGGCUAUGACUUUCCAAGCCUUAAGAGACGGCGCUUUCCUUUCAGUUUAUUCUUCAGAUUUUUGGUUGGAUGAGUGUUGCCUCCGUAUGAAUUCUAUCCGCCCGUCUGGUGUACAUGCAGUAUUUGUCUCAUCUCCUGCUGAUUUUUGGGGAGGAGGUGGAUAUGUCUGAAGAUUUGAGGGAUAACCUCUCACAACCAGCAGAGAGGUGGAGAAUAAAACUUUCCAAAGUGUAAAUGUGUAGAAAGUGGGAUGGGAUAAGACCGACCUAUAAAGUGGGUUAAUGACUUUAAUAUUUUGAUAAUGAAGCUGUGUUCUUUGGCAUGAGUGUGUGCUGUCUUUCUGCCCCAAUAUUCUUUUCAGUUGUAUCUUUAACUAGUUUUGGGGGGGCCGGGGGUUAUUGUACUUUUUUUUUAAGCCAUGGGACUGCAGGGCAGGUGAGGCCAACCAACCAGCCACCUCUUAACUGAGCAACAUUUGAUUAAAAGAGGAGUGAAGACCUUUCGGUCCACCCUGGUCACCCGUGUCCUCCUCUGUGGCUGCCAGCUGUACUUGCUGGUCCCAGGUACCUAUCGCAUUCCUUCACAUAGCAGCGCAACUUCCCAUGUGAGAGCAAAAGAGGCUGUAUUUCUCAUUUUUACUGUAACUGGUUUGGUGCCAGUUGGUAGAAUGGGGGAUCCGUCCAGACAGGUUGAGAGCAUUUUAGACAAAAAAAAAAGUCAAAGAACUAAAGACAGAUCAGAUUAUUUUAAAGAUGUAAACAGUUUGUGUAAAGAUGUUACUGGAAUCAUUGCACAGUUUUUCUUCUUGUUUUUCUAAUAUCAGUGACUAUAAAUGUUUUUAUAGCUUUAUUUAUUGUUUACUCUGUUUUUUUUUUUCUUUGAUUUGAAUGUUCUCUCUGCGUGCCUUUUUUUUUCUAGCAUGACCUUUAGCAGGAAAGAAGAGACAGAGGUCUGAAUUCCUGCAGUCAUCAUCAUCAUCAUCCAGUAGCUUGGCAUAUUUUGGUAGAUUUUGAACAGUCACUGAAUUUUGGCAUUAAAAUUCAGUUUGUGUGCAGGAAGUGGUGGGUUUGGCUCUGUGGCAGCAAAAGUAUCUGUAUCAAACGUAUUUUUGAUUUAAAGCAUUAACUUGAAUCACUCACAACUUAACAUCCACAUGUUGAAAACAGCUAAUCUAGAUUUCCAUUAAUAUAACUAAUUUUGAGAAAUCCAUACACUACACAGGUUUAAGUCAAGGUGGCUUUUUCUGUCUAGUUUAUCCUGACUAUCAGUAAAAUGAUCUAUAGAUGUUUUAUUUUAAUCUUGCUGCACUUUGAUGCCAUUCCGUAGAUUAACAUGGUUGGUGUGCUGAUUUCAACUUGGGUGUUUCCUUAAGCUCUCUGGUCUUUCUGGAUAAGGUGUGUAUGUCUGUCUAUGAGAGUGUGAACAGAGCAGCUGAGUGACUACAUCUGUAGUGAAUGAAGUGCUGUAUUGGUUUUGCAGUGGUCAUGCUGCUUCUUUUUUCACCUUUCCAUUUUUUAAAGCUCCUUCUUAAAGCUUAAAGUUGAUAAGUGCUAUUCUUGCUGUCUGCAGAUCCAAACCUUCUCCAUUGAAAUGCCUUUUUCAAUCUUUUUUUGUGUUUUUUUGUUUUGCUUUAAUUUUUUUUUCAAAGUUGUGCCUAAUCACCAUCCAGCUCAGAGACCAAGGGAGCUGAACGUUCUUGCAGCUCCUAAAAAAAUGACAGGGUUGAACAGAGAUGGACCGUGUCCCCAUAUGUUAAUUGUUACCUUCAGUUUAGACUCUGGGCAGCUGGGUCCUCUCUCUUAUAUCAUCCAGAGUGUUGAUGGAACGUUGUUCUUUUUUUAGGUUUAUGAUGGAAUAUGUUGUACACACAGAACUCCUGAUUGGUUUUCACUGUUUUUUUUUUUCCCUUUUUUUUUUUUUGCUCUAUAAAGAAAACUA